CAUGCCACCACUUGAUGUUUACCACCUUGUUUCUUUCUCACUCUUCUUCUUGAUCGUGAAGUCAUAUGGAAUCAGCAACACUAGUAGUUCUUCAUCCUCAACCAAUAUUUGCGGCACAUAUGAUUGCGGCAACGGCUUAGCCUUCCGCUAUCCGUUUUGGCAUGUCGAAGUCGAAGCCACCACUGCCGAUCAGUACUGUGGCUACCCUGGUUUCGGCCUCACAUGCUCCGCCGACGGCGAGCCUAUCCUCACCCUACCAACCGACUCAUAUUAUGUCAAACAAAUAAACUACACUGAUUCCACCGUCCAUCUUGUUGACAUCGAUGUCGUUGGCCAUACAUGCCCUAGGGCACGACAUAAUGUAACUCUAGGCACCCUCCCUUUAAAUUACUCCCAUCCAGAUUUGAACCUCAGUUUUUUCUUCAACUGCACUUCCUACCCUCCUCUCGUGCCUCCCAUUGGGUGUUUGGGAUACGGUAAGAUGAAGUCUUACGUGUUUACGGUGGGGAACGAGACGGAGGGCUUUGAUUGGUUCGAGAACUGCGAGGAGAAUGUGGUGGUUCCGGUGAUAAAGACGACGGAGAUUACCAGUGACUUUGGUGGUUUGAUCGGUGGAUUUGGUGGCGCUAUGAACGAAGGGUUUGUGCUGGAUUGGGGCAUGGCUAAGGAGUGCGGAUCUUGUGAGGCAAAUGGUGGUCUGUGUGGCUACAACAACACUGCGCACAAUUUUCUGUGCUUUUGCAAAGAUGAAACCAGAACCAACGGUGUCUGCAAACAAGGUAUGCUACGAUCAAUUGGUUAUCUUAAAAUUUUAUUGUUAUUUACUAGUUAACUUUAAACUUACUUUGUAUGUAUGAAUAGUUACAUUUUUUUUUACAAGCGAUAUCUCUACUUUAAAGAAGUUAGGAGAAUUAUAAUUGGUGCAUAGUACAUGUCACAUAGGACCUGUGUUCCUUUGUAGCUACAUCAGUUAGCUACGAUGAAAAACAUUUCUCUAUGUUUCUUCUUACGUGACGAUGUUUCGAACAUUUUUACACAUAUUUCAUUUUGGCAGCUGGGCCUAAGUUAAUAAUUAGUUUCUUCUUUGGGUUGGCAUAGAUUUUUGCCCACAGAUUUUGAGUGAUCAAAUACCAUCCCCCCACUCCCCACCCACCCAACCCCCACCCCCAAAACCCGGAUGGGAUCCUCUUCGGAUUCUCUUAGUGAAGAUCUUAGGAAUCCUUAUAUUCUAAUAAUUUAUUGUACAUCGUGCGGCUAAUUUUUGUUAGAUAUUAUUUGUGUUUAAUUUUAAAUAAAAAAAAUCAAAUGAUUUUGGAUCACAUGAUGAAUGAUGAUUUUGGAUUCGGAUCCAAAUCUCCCCAACCCAGCCCCAACAACCAAACCCCAACAAAACUCACUCACACACACACACACACAAAACAAUGUGCCGCCAAUAAAUAUACUGUACCGAAAAUGGGCUGAGGCCCAAAAUUGUUCUUGCGGGUUUUGCACCCGGAUCUGGAUCAGUUAUUUUCUACUUUAGAAACGGGAAUUGACUUGGUAAAAGAAUUAGCAAGUUGUUUACAAAAGUAAUGAAUGAGCAGUUCUUCAAAAAAAAAAAAAGUAAUGAAUUAGCAAGUUGCUAAUGGAUAUGAUAUUGAGCUUUAAAAAUUUAUUUGGAUUUAC